AGGUGGUCUAUAUAAAGAGCUAGGAACAGUGCACUCAGUUGUUUUUCACAGAUCUUGGCGUGUUGCGAAGCAAUAGGUUCCUUGCUAAAGCGAUGAUGAAACUCAAGCCCGUAGGGUUAUUCGUUUGCCUUUUAUUAAAUCUUUCUGUUUUACACUUAAUGACAAUUGUUUUAGCUGCAGAGAAGGAGCUGCAAUAUGGAAAUAGCGUUUAUUACUUCGGCACUGGUAAUGCAACCAGAAAAGACAUUACUGGGAUCUGUGCUGAAAAGAAUUCCUUGGCAGUUUACAUCCUAACAGAAGAUGAGAGUGAAUUUGUUACUGGUAACAUGUAUGGCGAUACAAUAGUGGAUCUCUAUUUAAAUGUGAAUGGUAUUUGGUGGUGGAAGGGAAUACAAAUCAGACAGUCUAAUACCAUUAGCAAGUGGGCCGAAGGACAUCCAAUAGACGGUAACCGAUGUGCAAAAAUUAUUAAUAGUGGAGAAUGGGUGACUGUGUCUUGUAACGAAACAGCCAGUUGGGCCUGCAGAAACAGACGUUGUCCCGAUGACUGGACACUUGAGGGCAACAUUUGCAGACAUUACUUUCCCCACAAUGGCAGUUGGAAUGAGGUCAACAAACUUUGUCAAAGUUUUGGUGCCACCUUACCAAUCUUUAAGAGUCAAGAGGAAAAGGAAAGUCUGCUAGAAUCUAUUUCAUCGACCACAUACAUAGGUUACUCUGAUGAGGGCCAUGAAGGUCUCUUUACUGAAAUCACCUGUGAUGGAGAGGUAGAAGCACCGUACUUGGCAGAUGAAUGGUAUAGUGGUCAACCUAAUAACAAUGGAAAUGGUGAACAGUGUACAGCAAUUUACAGUCAGUAUGAUGGAAUCAAUGAUAUUCCAUGUGACGUGACAUUGAGCACUAUUGCUGUUUGUCAAAUAGAUGCCUGUCCUCCUGCUUUCAUGUACUAUGGGAACUCGUGUUACUACCUUCAUCACUAUGAAAAGGCAGGGUACCGUGACGCAUUACAGAUUUGUGAAAGCAUCCACUCCAGCGUCUUAGUCCUAGAUUCGGCAGAAGAGUUGGAUCUUUUACAUGUUGGCAUGCUUUGGAACACAUGGACUGGUUAUGAUGACCGAAAUAUAGGUGGUUUCUUUGAGAUUCCUGUGGCAUACACUAGAUGGAUUGAUUUUCAAGCAAUGUUAUCAACGUUGUUUAAUGUUCCUCCUGAGGGACAACCCAAUUCAGGAGACUGUACAGUGCUGAAAGAAGAUCGCUGGAAAACAGUGCAUUGUGAUGAGCCAAAAUGGAUAAUUUGCGAAAGGGCGUACAUUAUCACUGAAACACAGCAUGGAACAUCAAUGAUAUUUGAACGUCUACCAGACUUUGUUGUAAGGGCAUUUGACCCCUUUGCAUCACCAAGCACCAAUUUUAAAAUUGAUAUAAUGUACCUGGGAGAUGAAAUAGCACCUAAUAUCUAUAUUGGUACAUCACUGUCCUUUAUAAGUUAUGGCACUGAAGGAGUUGAGAUUGUUCCAUCUGCGUUGAAUGGAAUAAACUCAGACCUUCCUGAUGUAAUGGAAGUAAGUACAAGUAAUUCUGGUGCAUCUCGCCAGAUGCGUAUGGACAAAAGUGAAGAUAUCACCUUACAGAUUGGAGAGUACUAUGGCCGUUUGCAAGUUGGUGAUAAGACCAUAAAGAAUCAUGUAAUCAUUUUAAAUAAGAAUGCAAACGUUCAGGUGGAUGCAACCCGGAGAACUGUAACAAUUGGUUUGGGAGAAACAGUGACGCUGACUGUUUAUGCAACAACAGCUGAAAAUCUUCGUUGGAGACACAAUAACAAAUUUAUGUACGGUGACUCAAUGCGUAACGUAAUGAAUCUGACCAUUGCGAAUGCUCGACGAGAGGAUGAGGGCGUGUACGAGUGUUAUUAUCAAGGAGAACGUUAUCUUGGAAAUCAUGAUUUUAUGUAUUUGUAUGUCACAGAAUGCCCAACGUCUUAUUGUGGUAUCCCGUCGUGUGCUCUAAGCUGUCCGAUUUGCUACAAUGGUGGACAGUGUGAAGCCAGAUCUUGCACCUGUAUCUGCCCACCUGGAUUUACUGGAAAGUUCUGCGAGACAGGAGUAAGUGAUAAGUGCAUGGGUAUUGAGGACUGUAACAUACACAGUGAAAAAGCGCAACUAAUUUGUUACCCAUCACCAGUUGGUUGUACUUGUACAGCAGGAUGGACAGGUUAUGAUUGCAAAACAAAGUGUGAACAACCAUAUUAUGGGGCAAACUGUUUGCAGAAAUGUCACUGUUUGACAGACUGUCACCCAGUUACUGGAUGUGCCAGCUCCUCACCAUGUGUACCUGGGUUUACAGGAAUAACUUGUAUAGAAUAUGAGGCAGACACUCCCUGUCCAAUUGGAUACUUUGGAGAACAGUGUCAUAAGAAAUGUCACUGUGACAAUCAGGAAAACUGCACUAAAACUGAUGGUGGAUGCGAGACUGGAUGCCAGAUGGGCUGGGCAGGAGAAGGCUGUCAAAUAGCUUUACCAGCUCUAUAUGAUUCCCCAUUGAUUGUGGCUCGAGAACAGGAUAGUGUAAGCAUUAGCUGGAGAAAUUGGAUGUACGACCAUGACUUUGGCGUUGGCCCAAUAGUCAACUACAGAAUCUACCUGUGGGAUUCGUGGUACCCAGCAUUUAAUGCAGUUCCAGCAUUGGUGGGGGUCACAAAUACGACGAUGUGGAAUGUGACGGGAUUGCAGGAGUCAUCAGAAUACUCGAUCAUGGUUCAAGUCACUAGACGAGUUAAUGGCUUCCUUGUUGCAGGCAAACCAAGCCCCAUUCUUUGGAUCUCAGUGUACGAGCAAUGUCAAUCGGGUUGGAUGAGUUUUGAAAAUCAAUGUUUUCAUGUUGUUGAUACAAUGAUGUCAUGGGAUGAAGCUGACACAUACUGCAAGACAAGAAAAUCACAUUUAGUUCACUUCACUUCCGCCAAAAUCAAGCUCUUUGUACUGCACAUGCUGGAAGUGCAACAAAUCAAUUCAACCCACGUGCUGGUCGGAAUGAAUGACAAGGAUAACGAGAACGCUUUUGUCUGGGGUAGUUACAGUAAUUAUAAUUCCCGAGUGUCUGAUUCUGCCAAUAUACCAGAAUGGCAUUAUUUCCAGUCUGAUGCUGCUGACUAUGAUUGCGUUGCGGUGAAUAUUUAUGCCGAUUUUUCGCUAGAGAACAUUCUGUGUGAUGAUGCAGACAUAGGCAUUCCUAUCUGUCAAGCCUUUACUUCACCUGGAUGGGUUCCUCACGAAUCUUCGUAUUACUACUUCAAUUCGACUCCAGUAACUUGGGAGGAAGCUGAAUCUAUUUGCCGUGAUACUGGUGGAAACUUGGUUGUGAUUGGCUCAGAGGAGGAGAAUGAGUUUGUGAUGCAGUCAUUCCAAGAACUAGACACAGAUGUCAGUCAAGUUUCCAUUGGUUACCAUCAUAGAAACAUUAAACAUUUUUUUGAAUGGGUCGGGACCAAUGAAUGGAGUGUCUAUGAGAAUUUUGACUCAGAUCCUGGUUCUGUUGGUCGCUGUGUUGUGUUAUCAGUUCCCAACGGAAGAUGGCUAGUAGUUCCAUGUGAUACAUCCCCUGGCGGAGUCAUUUGCGAAAUGUAUAUUGAUGAGUGUUCAAGCUAUCCAUGCCAGAAUAACGGUACAUGUGUGGAUGGUAGAGAACGUUACAACUGCAACUGCGAACCAGGGUGGUCAGGCACAGUAUGUGACGAAGAUAUUGAUGAGUGUGCCAGCAAUCCAUGCCAUAAUAAUGGUACGUGUGUGGAUGGUGCAAACCGGUACAACUGCACCUGCGAACUUGGAUGGUCAGGCAUUGUAUGUGACGAAGAGCCCUGCUUUGAUCCUCUUGGAGUUGAAGAUGGUACCAUUCCUUCAGACCAACUGACUGCAUCAAGUCAAUAUAGAACCGACCUUCGGCCUGACCGUGGUAGACUAAACACUGUAAUAGAAGGUUCAUUAAGGGGAAGCUGGACAGCAUUAAAUCAGAAUCAGAAUCAGUGGAUACAAGCUGAUUUUGGCUCGUCAAAGUUCAUAACCGGAGUGAUCACACAAGGCCGCAGUGACGGUAAUCAAUGGGUGACAUCAUAUAAAGUUGAUUACAGUGUCGAUGGUACUAGUUUUAACACAAUUAUUGAUGCCAAUUCUGCACAUGUAGUGUUUACUGGAAAUUCAGAUCGAAACACUCAUGUCACAAAUAUGUUCCCGACUCUUGUAUACGCUCAG